CCAAGGGCCUCGUGCUCGCUCGUCCCCAUUUCAGCAUUUCUUUCCAGAAAGGAGAGCCCAAGGCCAGCGAGGAGAGAGAGAGAGAGAGAGAGAGAGACAAAGGGACGAGUCUCGCUGUCGCUCGUCUCCUCGUCGUUCCCCACUCGUUGUUCUGCGGAAAUGUUGGAUCAGUAUUUGCUGGCCUCGCUCUUCGCCGCCGUGCUGGGACUCGCGGUGCUGUCCAAUUUGUUCCGGAAGCGGAACGGACGAGGACAGAGCACCGCCGCUGCAUCCACCGCCUCCGCCACCACCACCACCACCACCGUGGUUAAUGGAGAAUGCAGACGGAGAAACGGUGGGAGCGACGACGUCGACGUCAUCAUCGUUGGAGCCGGAGUGGCUGGUGCCGCUCUCGCUCAUACCCUCGGCAAGGAUGGGCGACAGGUUCAUGUGAUUGAGAGGGACUUGACUGAGCCUCACCGAAUUGUCGGUGAGCUGCUACAACCAGGCGGCUACCUGAAAUUAAUUGAAUUGGGACUGGAAGACUGUGUGGAAGAAAUUGAUGCCCAGAGGGUGUUUGGAUAUGCUCUUUUCAAGGAUGGAAGGAACACCCGACUCUCUUAUCCUCUAGAAAAGUUUCACUCAGAUGUGUCUGGAAGGAGCUUUCACAAUGGACGCUUCAUUCAAAGAAUGAGGGAGAAAGCUGCAUCUCUGCCUAAUGUUCGAUUGGAACAAGGAACAGUUACAUCUUUGCUUGAAGAAAAUGGUGUCAUCAAAGGUGUCCAAUACAAGACUGAAAAUGGUGAGGAGAUGGCAGCGUACGCACCUCUGACCAUUGUCUGCGAUGGCUGUUUUUCAAACUUGCGCAGAUCUCUUUGCAACCCUAAGGUUGAUGUACCUUCUUGUUUUGUUGGAUUGGUGCUGGAGAACUGUGAACUUCCAUUUGCAAAUCAUGGGCAUGUUGUUUUAGCAGACCCAUCACCUAUCUUGUUUUAUCCUAUUAGUAGCACAGAGGUCCGCUGUCUCGUUGAUGUACCAGGUCAAAAGGUUCCUUCUAUUUCAAAUGGUGAAAUGGCCAAGUACUUGAAGGCCAUAGUUGCUCCCCAGAUUCCCGAGCAGUUGCAUGAAGCCUUUGUUGCUGCCAUUGAUAAAGGAAACAUAAAGACAAUGCCCAACAGAAGCAUGCCAGCUGCACCUCAUCCUACUCCAGGGGCCUUGUUGAUGGGGGAUGCAUUCAACAUGCGCCAUCCUCUAACUGGUGGUGGAAUGACUGUUGCACUAUCUGAUAUUGUUGUGCUGCGUGAUCUUCUUCGGCCUCUGCGGGACUUAAAUGAUGCACCAACUCUAUGCAGAUAUCUUGAGUCAUUUUACACCUUGCGUAAGCCUGUGGCAUCGACUAUAAAUACACUGGCUGGUGCCCUGUACAAGGUGUUUUGCGCUUCGCCUGAUCAAGCACGGAAGGAAAUGCGACAGGCAUGCUUCGAUUAUUUAAGCCUUGGUGGUAUUUUUUCAAAUGGACCGGUCUCUCUACUCUCAGGCCUAAACCCUCGCCCGCUGAGCUUGGUUCUCCAUUUCUUUGCGGUGGCUAUAUAUGGCGUAGGCCGCCUGUUGUUACCCUUUCCCUCUCCCAAGCGCAUGUGGAUUGGAGCCAAACUGAUUUCGGGAGCAUCAGGAAUCAUCUUGCCGAUCAUCAAAGCGGAAGGAGUAAGACAGAUGUUUUUCCCCGCCACCGUGCCUGCAUAUUACAGAGCUCCCCGUGUAAACUGAGGCUGCUGAAUUGCGGAGAAAAAUGCAUAACCUUGAGAUCGGCCAACAUGUUAACACAACCGUGAGGAUUGAUUGGCUACUGUUUGUUCAAAGAAAGUUCAAAACUCGGGGCAAUGUGAAUUGGGUGGCUUUGUCUGUAGGUGUUGUCAUUUGUCACAUUCUUUCUAGGACAUUGUUCUUGGGUUUGUUCUGAUCGCAUUUCUCACAACGCCAAAUUGCACGUACCACACACACCACACGCGUGUUUUCAACGUCGCCCCCUUAAAUCCUAUUUCGCGAGAUAUCAUUGGCGGCGA